GUUGUGACCAGCAGGCACACGCUCAUACAGCCGUUUGACAGCAUCGGGAUCAUCCUCCUGGUGGAUUGGGACAUUUGUUGGUGUUUGGUUGUUUAAUCUGCUGGGGAAAAACCAGACAGUGGGUCGUGGGGGAGCUGGUGCCUAACUCCAGCAGUCUAUGGGCGAGAGGCAGGGUACACCCUGGACAGGAUCUCUGUCACCGCCGGCGACAUCGACUCCAACAUGGCCGAGGUCCAGAGGAUGCAGAAGAAGACUAGCACCAUGUCCCUGACCAUUUCCUCCUCUGCAUCCUCCUCUCGGGAGCACUCCUCCUGCUCCACCAGCUCCACCAGCUCCUCCUCCUCCACAUUGCUCGCUCAGAGACACUCGAGCCUGGUGCAUCCGUUGUGUGUCAGCCCUCAGAGGACUCAGAGCCCUGUCUACAAUCAGCAGUAUUCAGGGAAAGGAGUGGCUCCAACAUUUGUUAAGUGCCUCCAUGAUGUGAACACAGUGAAGGGUCAGCUGGUGGUCCUGGAGUGCCGACUAAGGGGGACCCCUCCACUGCAGGUCAUGUGGUACAGAGAAGACCAUCAAAUACGGGACUCUGAUGAUUUCAGGAUAUUGCGCAAAAUAAAACUGGCUUCUUGUUUGAAUGAAGAGCAGCGAUAUAAAGCAGAAGGCAGUUCUGCAUCAGUGCCAGAGGAGCUGUGUACGCUGGUGAUCACUGAGGCUUUCCCUGAAGACUCCGGCCUGUUCAAGUGUGUGGUGUUCAACUCCUAUGGCACGGUUUCCUGCUCGGCCAUGCUGGAAGUUUACAACGACCUGGAGGAGCAGCAGGAAGCACUAUCUUUCAGUCAGGACAAUGAGGCGAACCAUCAUCAGGAGACUACUUCCUUCAGGAGAGGCACUGAAGACUUUCCUCCUAUAUUACCAGACUGUGUGAACCUUCCUCCUCCAGAGUGGCCUGACAGUCCGUUAGAAGACAACAUCCCUGUUGCAGAUCUCCCAGAGCCUGAACCUGCCAGCCGCUCCACUGAGGAGCCUUUAGUUCGCAGUGAGGAAGAAAGUGCUCUGAGCUCAGAGGGCCAAAGAUCACCAGAGGUUACUGUCCGAGUCUGUAUGCCAAGCCCCCCUCCUCCACCCUCACCACCAGCACAAGUCGAGGAGAAAACCCCAACGCCCAAGCUGUUCACACCAAGCAAGCUCAGCUUUACAUCCUCUCAGUCAGGAGGGAACACCAUGAACCUGUCAGAUCUGCCUACCUUUACUCCCAGUGCCUUCCCUCCCAGUGCCUUCAACUAUGAGCGACCGAGGCACUUCAUCCAGUCACAGCCGGCCUUUCAGGCACCCAGCUAUGAGAGUGUGUUGAGGGAAGCCCAGGAGAACCAGAAUAACCAACAGAACCUCAUCAGUUCCCAGAAUAAUGCAAGUGUCAUGGAGGUGCAGGGUCAGAUGAAAGCAAAUCAAGCUCAGUCGGUGUCAAAUUCUCUGUCACAAACACAGUCCCAGUUUCAGUCACUAAGCCUGAGUCAGAACCAAACCAGGUCAGUGGCCCACACUCAAAUCCAGACCCAGACCAACGGAACAGCCAAGUCCUCCCCCUCUUCAUCCAGUCUCAGCUCUCCUACAUCCACUUCAGCUUCCUCUGCUGCACCUCCGUUUUCUUCCAACAUCUCCCUGGUUUCUCCCUCUGUCAUCAUCCCCUCUCCUACCUCCACCUCUUCGCUGCCCCGCACCACCAUGCGUUCCACCAUCACCCUCACCCCCAGGGUUCCUAGCGCCACCGGCCUUGGCAGUGCCAGUUUGCCCGCUAACCAGGAUACCUUGUCAGCUUCUGCUGCCUUUCUCUGCUCUGUGCUGCCCUCCCCGUCCUCCUCAUUCUCCUCCAAAUUAUCUCCUAACUCCAGCCUCCUCCUCCCCUCCACCUCCCCUUCCUGCUCCCCAGUGGCACCCUCCAGUCCCCACCUACCUAUGAGGACCUCCGCUCCCACAUCUUCUCUUCCUCAACAACCUCUCCCAGGGUCUCCCUCCUUCCCUCGUUCUCCUGUAUCUCCUUCCUCAUCUUCUCUCCCACAGUUAAACACUCCCAACAAUCAGAACAGGGUUCCACCUGCAGUGGUCUCCCUGCCUGCCAGCUACACGGGGAACCCAAACACCCUUCCUAAACCUAUCUUGAAGAAAUCUGUAGCACCUCGGCCCUCCUCCUCCCGCUCCACAGAUGAAGACAUCCAGGGCUCUAAAGAUGCCUUAAUUCAGGAUCUGGAAAAGAAGCUUCGCUCCAAGGAAGCCAGAAGAAGAAACAGCCAGAAACUGUCCUAUGAGGAGCGAAUGGCUCGCCGGCUUUUGGGUCCAGACAAUGCUACUUAUAUGUUGGACCAAGACAACCUCUCUGAGCUACAACUUGACCAGUCAGACUCUCCAGAAGGAAGGCGCACGGGUGGACUGUGGGGGAGGCACCACUCUAGGACAGAUGAGAGGGGUAACGAGGGAUCAGCUAUCCAGGAGAAAUGCUUUGCUCCUCGCUUCCUUCAGAUCCCCCCAGACCUCACAGUCGAAGAGGGACGCUUCUGUAGGAUUGACUUCAAGGUUAGUGGCCUCCCGGCUCCAGAUAUCUCCUGGUACUUGGAUGGCAAAGCUAUCCGUCCAGACGAUUACCAUAAGAUGCUGGUGUGUGAGAAAGGGAUGCAUUCAUUCAUCAUAGAGAUCGUCACAGUGCAUCAUGCCGGUGUGUAUGAGUGCGUGGCCAAGAACCGAGCUGGAGAGAACAGAUUUACCAUGAGGUUGGAUGUCUUAGCUCAGGAAGCUCUCCGCCCUCCCACCUUUGUCCAAAAGAUGCUGAACACCAGAGCUCUUGAAGGGGACACUGUUAGGUUAGAAUGCAAAGUAGAUGCUUCUCCUCCACCACAGCUUUUCUGGAAGAAGGACAAAGACAUGCUGCGCAUUGACCCCAACAGAAUGAGUCUGUACCAGGACGGCUCAGGUCGGCAGUGCUUAUUGAUAGAUAGAGUAACCAAGUCCGACUCUGGUUGGUACACACUGUCUGCCAUUAAUGAAGCUGGCAUGUCCACAUGCAACGCCAGGCUGGACGUUGGCACUCGCACAACCCCAGCCAUAAAAACUGCUCCACCUGCCUCAAAGACACUGAAGCUGCUGUCUUCUCUCAGCCAUGUUCCUGUCCUGACAGUGGAGAGCCCUGCUCAGCACACAGCCCCGCUGUACGAGAGUGAAGAGCUGUAGGACCAAACAUCUCCUCCUCCAUUUACCUUCAGUCAGACCUGUACAACUGGACCGGAACCUCUGUAACCAGUGUUGUGUAAACAUUAGCGAGCUCAGAGUUUUAGCAUCACAAGACUGAAGCUUUGCUGGAGAAAUGAUGUGUGAUGCAGAUAGUUUUCACCAUUAUUUUUUAAAAAGCUAGUUCUGGACUCCUCCACACAUCAGAGGUUUCAUGAUGUCAACAACUGCUUUAUUAUUGUUGAUUUAACAUUUUUUGAGGAUACUAGGCUGACAUCUGAAACCACAUCAAAGCAACUUUGAGAAAAAUGUUCCUUGAGAUUCAUUACCGUAAUAAUCGGCUGCUGUGUGUUUCUGAGCCCAGCUUUUGGUUCGUCUCUCCAUUUGUUUCUUUCAACCUGUGUUUCUACUCUGGUUCUGUGUCUGUCCUGUCUGCUCUCAGCAAAAUGCAGCUUCUGGGUCAUAGAUGUAUUCUUAGAUCUCUGCAACGUUGGCCUCCAGCUCUGCUGCCCAACUUUCUCAGUGGCCAACCACGGUACUGUUUUCCUAACCACCGCCAUCAUACCACGUUUUACAGAACACAUUUGCAGUUUCUCUGAAUAUUUCAUUUAAAAUAUAAAACUUCUUGAACCUUAACAGAAUAUAGAAACAGUAUUUUUCUCUGUACAGGUGUAUUUUAAAGGCAGGUUGAGUGUAACAAUGCCUACAGGUAGUACAGUGCAAUAAGGGAAUAGAUAGUUUGUGGUUGUGCUGGGUAGCACUUCCCUAUGGUCAGGGUUAGAAACCAAAAACUUCAGAAAGUGCAACCAUUCUUUCUAUGACACACUGCACUUUAAUCUCAACAAACGCCGGGCACACUUCAGCUUUUACCAUUUUAGUACCAGAAUUACAGCUGCUGCUGCCUCGGAAAUGUCUGGAAAACAGUUCUGGAAAAAACAGACGUUAACUGCUCAUUUUCUGCUGUAGUGUAGCUAAAGUCUAGUAUGUGUUUUAAAAGUUGCUAUCCGAUACUGUAUCUACUGUUUUUAAUGUUGCUCCUUUAACUUCUCAGAAGUGAGGCUUGCAGUUGCCUCUUGGCUUACAGAUGGCUGCAUUUAAAAACCUGUAGAAGCAAAUAGGUGGACAGAGAACAGGCUGCUAUCUGGAUAUCCAACCUGCAGUUACAGCAAAGUUCACGCCCUCUACAUUUACAUUUUAUCACUUCUGCAGUGCAGAGAAACUGUUUAAAGCUUGAUUAGAGGAGAACAUGUUUCUCUCUUGCGUUUCCUGUAUUCAUAGUUCUGGAUUUAAAAAAUGGCUCUCAGUAUAUCAGUCUACCUAUUUAAACAUGCUUUCUCAUCGAUUUGUUUGCUGCCAGCCAUGAGCUUUUUGCAAGUUUUAUUUUCACCUGUAAGUGCAUGCAGGGGAAGAUCUUUGCUCUGACCUCCACAGAAAAGCAAACAUCAAAGCCCUAAGAGAUGAAAGCUGCAGUGUAUGGUUUACAUUUAGCCUUAGCUGCUACUGUUUUCAUUCAUUUACACACGAGUAGUUGCUGUGUUCAGCAGAUUGCAACGAAGGCGCUUGGCUCAGAAAGGGCCCAGCAUUGCGUUUUCAUGUGGAAAUGAAACUAAAUAUUUUAAACUGCAAGUAGAAGUGUUUGUAGGUACUGAUUGUGAUAUAUUACAGGAUAAAUGCGUAAUAAAGUUUUAACUCUAA